CCAAUUUUGGAGGUACAGUACUGUGCUGCACAGCCACACCACAGAUUAUCUAAAAUACAUAAAAAUUCCCAUCAAGUGAGCAUCACAACAGGAAGAAAAAGUUUGACUUGUAACAACAGAUGCUAGGAAUUAGUAGACAUGAAGAAAUUCGUAGAUAGUACGUUUUUCUAGAUAUUUGUACAAGAUUGUUCAGAGCUGCACACCGUCAUCACAUCCUGUUAUCGCUACCACAAAUAAACAUAAAACUGUUUAGUUACAGUUGAUAUCUCAGCAACUGAACGGCCAGUUCGCCAACCAGGCUGGACAAGCAACUAGGACCGCUCUCAUCUGUCUCUGCCUUGCAUGGUGCUGGAUAUUGAAUCGAUGAACUCGUACGUGAGCCCAGUGAAUCCAGCCGUAUUUCCAAGCUUGGCGAUCGUCCUGCUUUGUAUUGGACUCUUUUUCAUGGCCUGGUUUUUCGUCUACGAAGUAACGUCAACGAAGUACACGAGGGACAUUCUCAAGGAGUUGGUCGUGUCGCUUGUAGCGUCUCUCUUUCUUGGAUUUGGCGUUCUUUUUCUACUUCUCUGGGUUGGAAUCUACGUAUAGCAGUCACUAUAGAAGACAAACCAUCAUGUGACUUAUAAUUUAGAACAAUAGUUACGAUUAUCCACCUCUACUUGUCUUCUGUAAGUGUGAGUUUGCACAUUUCCGUGAAUACAACUCUGAGAAUUAACGCUCUGGGACGCCAAGCUCUGCACAUA